AUGUGUGGAAUAUUUGCGUGUCACCUUCAUCCUGAUGUCCAGAAAUUCAAGCCGACGGCUUUGAAACUGGCAAAGCAAAUUCGACAUAGAGGCCCCGACUGGAGUGGAAGUGUUAUUUGCAACAACACAAUCCUUUGCCAUGAAAGGUUGAGCAUUGUAGGCGUCGAGUCCGGCGCACAACCCCUAACCAAUGCCGACGAGAGCAUCAUCCUUGCCGUCAACGGCGAGAUCUACAACCAUCGGUUAAUCCGAAAAAGUCUUAAGACCCCUUAUCACUUCAAGACUGCUUCUGACUGCGAGGUCAUCAUUCCCUUGUAUAUGGAACAUGGACUCGACGCUCCUAAAUAUUUAGACGGCAUGUUCUCAUUUGUGCUAUACGACAAGAAACUUGACCGAACGAUCGCGGCUCGAGAUCCCAUUGGCGUCACUACGCUAUACCAGGGGUGGUCUUCCAAGGAGCCCAACACCACUUACUUCGCUUCGGAGUUAAAGUGCUUGCACACAGUCUGCGACAAGAUUCGCUCCUUUCCCCCGGGACACAUUUUCGACACCAAGACCAACGAAACGACUCGAUAUUUCCAGCCUACUUGGUGGGACGGCUCAAGGAUCCCGGAAACUCCCUUAGACCUAAAGCUCGUCCGAGAAACGUUGGAGAAAUCUGUAAGGAAGCGGCUUAUGGCUGAAGUUCCCUAUGGUGUGUUAUUGUCAGGUGGUCUUGACUCCAGUUUGGUCGCAGCCAUUGCCCAAAGGGAAACUCUAAGGCUCAAGAGGGCUGCAUUAGCCGCUGCUAACGGCAGCACUACCGAGCCGGCUGAAGACCCCGAUAAGGGCGAAGGCCUAGUUGGUAUCGACGAUGAGAACAAACUCUCUACCGUAACAUACCUCCCACAACUCAACUCUUUCUCUAUCGGUUUACCUGGUUCCCCUGAUAACGAAGCCGCUAUCAAGGUGGCUAAGUUCCUCGGUACGAAACAUCACGUAAUGACCUUCACUAUCGAAGAUGGUCUUAACGCAUUGUCUGAUGUCAUCUACCAUCUUGAAACGUAUGAUGUGACGACCAUCCGCGCGUCAACGCCUAUGUACUUGCUAUCGCGAAAGAUUAAGGCCAUGGGAAUUAAGAUGGUUCUGAGUGGUGAAGGAAGCGACGAGAUUUUCGGAGGAUAUCUCUACUUCCACGCCGCGCCGGAUAAGAAGGCGUUCCACGAAGAGACCGUUCGCCGUGUCAAGAACCUCCAUCUUGCCGAUUGUCUACGAGCCAACAAGUCUACUUCGGCUUGGGGUCUUGAGGCUCGAGUUCCCUUCCUCGACAAGGAGUUUCUUGAAGUUUGUAUGAACAUCGACCCCCAAGAAAAGAUGAUCACCAAGGACCGAAUCGAGAAAUGGAUUCUGCGAAAAGCAUUCGAUACUUCUGAUGACCCUAGCGCGGAGCCCUACCUACCGGAUGAGAUCCUCUGGAGACAGAAGGAACAAUUUUCGGACGGUGUCGGCUAUGGCUGGAUCGAUGCCCUGAAAGACAACGCCGAACUUCAUGUUACCGAUGAGAUGAUGAAGAACCCUAAGCCGGAAUGGGGCAAUGAUAUCCCCGAUACCAAAGAGGCUUACUGGUACCGCAUGAUGUUCGACGAGCACUUCCCUCCUCACUGCGCUUCUACUGUGAUGAGAUGGACCCCGACGUGGUCGAAGCAAACUGACCCUAGUGGACGAGCUAUCUCGACGCAUGUUGCCAAGUAUGAAAGCACCGCAUAA